AGUUCUUUCCCGGUUAUUCACUAUGCAGCCACUUUUCGAGACCUCAGGAUGGUCUUUACCGAGCACCAUCAACCCACAAUCACAUAAAGACAAGCCCAAUUCCAAGCAAAAAAAGAAAACCCCAGCUGCAGCAUCAGUACCCACUGAAGAUCGCACCAUCACCAACGAAGCCGAUGCACUUCAAGCGCAAUUGAGAAAGAUCCAACAGCCAAACGAUACCAAAAAGAAUAAAAAGAGCAAUAGAAAGCGAAAGGCCAAGAAACAGGAAUUAGAAGAGAAUAGCGUAUCGAACACUAGCGAUAAAACCAUCGUAUCACCCGAAAAACCCGCGAAAAAGGCUAAAAUCGACACCUCAAAGCAGACCACCCCCAAUGCAUCCGAGAAACCCGCAAAAAAGGCAGCAAAAGCCCAAGUGGAUACGCCAAAACAGCCCGCUCUCAAGGCACCCUCUGAGGUCACGGAUGCACAUGCAAAAGUUCCUUCUGAGGCCUCUGAAGUGACAGAUCACGAAACCCCCAACGUCCCGGUGACGAAAAAAGGAGAUAAGGUUGAAAAGAAAAAGAAGGCAUUGAAUAACCAGCAAAAGAAACAACUCCAAAAGCUGCUUGCCAACCAAAAGGGAAAAACGUCUGACGAGAAGAAACAAAAGCCUGUGGAGAACAAAGAAAAGGAUUUAGAGGCAAAGAGCGUACCCGUUCAUGCUACAGAGAACGAUGGAUUGACACCUCUCCAGCGAAAGAUGAAGGAGAAGUUAUCAGGCGCGAGGUUCCGUUGGUUAAACGAACAACUCUAUACAACCAAGGGCGACGAAGCAUUCAAUCUAUUCCAGGAAAAGCCUGAAUUAUUCAAUGAGUACCACGAAGGUUUCCGGCAUCAAGUUGAAUCGUGGCCCGUGAAUCCCGUCAAUGUCAUUGUUUCACAACUCGAGAAGUUGCCAAAAGAUACGGUGAUUGCGGAUCUUGGCUGUGGUGAUGCGGCGAUUGCGGCCACUCUGACCAAACAAAAAGUGCUCAGUUUCGAUCUGGUGGCCAAAAACGAAAAUGUUAUUGCAUGCGAUAUCGCCAAGUUACCAAUUCCUGGCAACUUCGUGGAUGUAGCUGUUUUUUCCUUGUCCUUGAUGGGUACAAACUAUAUACAAUUUCUCAAAGAAGCACACCGCGUGCUCAAGCCUGGCGGUGAAUUGAAGAUUGCCGAAGUGGUAAGUCGCUUCAGCGACGUCGAUGGGUUCAUCACACUCUUGGAAAGACUCGGCUUUGAAUAUAUGGACAAGGAUGACAGCAAUAAGAUGUUCAUCAUGUUAUACUUUACCAAACAGAUCAGCAAUCCAGAUGACGAAGUGGACGAGAUGCUCCAAGGUUUGACCAAAGCUCAAAAACGCGCCAUGCAAAAAGGAGCUGGUGUAAAGACCCCAUCCACCGCCAAACUUCAAAAACGGGCAGAAGAGUUACUGAAACCGUGUUUGUACAAAAAGCGUUAAAUACAUAUAUUGCAUGCAUCCAAUAAAUGAAAUAAAAAAUGAUGAAUUGAAAG